CCCGCCCGCUGCCCCCAGCAACUCCCCGGGCCGCCCCGGCCUGGCCCCCACUCCCCAGCCCCGUGCUCCCCCCCAACCCCCACGUGGCGCCCCAACUCGGCGCGGGCCCGCUCUGCAAAGUACAGAACUCGUGUCCCAGGAUUCGCUCGUCGUUUUCAUGCUUUCCACUUAGCCAGAGGCUUUGUGGCUUUUCACCGUGACCCUUUCUUCCCCUCCGAAUUAACCACGUGCCGUCUCCUCCCUUUCCCACCUUUUCUCUUAGGAAUGUAAUUUGUUCGGUACACCAUACCCUCUCCAGCAACCCUGUAUUCAUUCCUCCUCAGCUGUUCUGCAGCCUCUCACUUGAGGAGACGGCUUAUGCGACGGGGCGGCAGGGCCUCCCGAGGCAGAUGGCAGCCCCGGCCUUCACCCGGCGGGAGGCUCACCUGCGUCUCCUUGAGAAGCAAGCCCUCUGUCUGGGCUGCGAAUCAGGCCUGAGUUUCUGCCCAGCGUUGGCCAACCUUGCUGUCUGAAAAGAGUACUGGUGCUCACCUAACCUGCCUGGGACUCCCUCCCCUCUGAGACACCCAAACUGGAAUAGAAGAUGAAUGCAACUGAAUUCAGUGAAGAUGUAGAAGAAGUUCUAAAAAAUAACACUGUGAAAGUGGAGACAGAGGCCGAAGAUGCUGCCCUGGACUGCUCAGUGAAUUCCAGGUCCUCUGAGAAGCACACUCCGGACAGCGUCUUCACUGGCCUCCAGGACUCCAGCAAGAGAAAGCAGCCGGGCAGCGAGGGCCCGCCAGACUCCGUCCCAAGCGUGAAGAGGCGGCGGCUGAUUCCUGAGGCGCUCCUAGCAGGCAUGCGGAACCGGGAGAACAGCUCGCCCUGCCAGGGCAACGGGGAGCAGGCAGGCAGGGGCAAGAGCUCGGGCUCCGUGUGGCCGGGCGAGGAGGAGCCCAGCAACGACGUGACGACGCCCUCCUACAAGAAGCCUCUGUACGGCAUCUCGCACAAGAUCAUGGAGAAGAAGAACCCUCCCGCCGGAGACGCGCUUACCACGUUCGAGCUCUUCGAGAAGGCGAACCCCAGGAACAGCCCCUCUCCGCUGCGGCUCCUGAACGAGCCACAGAAGCGGGACGGCGGCGGCGGCGCCGCAGCAGCCACCGACAGUGACCCCAACAUCUACUUUCUCAUCCAGAAGAUGUUCUACAUGCUCAACACGCUCUCCUCCAACAUGUCGCAGCUGCACAGCAAGGUGGACCUGCUCUCCCUGGAGGUCAGCCGCAUCAAGAAGCAGGUGAGCCCCACCGAGAUGGUAGCCAAGUUCCAGCCGCCCCCCGAGUACCAGCUCACGGCAGCCGAGCUCAAGCAGAUCGUGGACCAGAGCCUGUCGGGCGGCGACCUGGCCUGCCGCCUGCUGGUGCAGCUAUUCCCUGAGCUCUUCAGCGACGUGGACUUCUCCCGGGGCUGCAGCGCCUGCGGCUUUGCGGCCAAGCGGAAGCUGGAGUCACUGCACCUGCAGCUCAUCCGCAACUACGUGGAGGUCUACUACCCAUCAGUGAAGGACACGGCUGUGUGGCAGGCUGAGUGCCUGCCCCAGCUGAACGACUUCUUCAGCCGCUUCUGGGCCCAACGGGAAAUGGAGGACAGCCAGCCCAGCGGCCAGGUCACCGGCUUCUUCGAGGCCGAACAGGUGGACGCCAGCCACUUCCUGGACAACAAAGACCAGGAGGAGGCCCUGUCCCUGGACCGGAGCAGUACCAUCGCCUCGGACCACGUGGUGGACACGCAGGACCUAACUGAGUUCCUGGACGAAGCCUCGUCACCAGGGGAGUUCGCGGUCUUCCUUCUGCACCGGCUCUUCCCCGAGCUCUUCGACCACCGGAAGCUGGGCGAGCAGUACAGCUGCUACGGGGACGGAGGCAAGCAGGAGCUGGACCCACAGAGGCUGCAGAUCAUCCGCAACUACACGGAGAUCUACUUCCCCGACAUGCAGGAGGAGGAGUCCUGGCUGCAGCAGUGCGCCCAGCGCAUCAACGACGAGCUGGAGGGCCUGGGGCUGGACGCGGGCAGCGAGGGUGAGCCCCCGCGGGACGACUGUUACGACUCUUCCAGCCUUCCCGAUGACAUCUCCGUGGUCAAGGUGGAAGACAGCUUCGAGGGCGAGCGGCCCGGCCGGCGGUCCAAGAAGAUCUGGCUGGUGCCCAUCGACUUCGACAAGCUGGAGAUCCCACAGCCUGACUUCGAGGUGCCUGGCGCCGACUGCCUGCUCAGCAAGGAGCAGCUGCGCAGCAUCUACGAGAGCAGCCUGUCCAUUGGCAACUUUGCCUCACGCCUGCUCGUGCACCUGUUCCCCGAGCUCUUCACCCACGAGAACCUGCGCAAGCAGUACAACUGCAGCGGCUCCCUGGGCAAGAAGCAGCUGGACCCGUCCCGCAUCAAACUCAUCCGCCACUACGUGCAGCUGCUCUACCCGCGGGCCAAGAAUGACCGCGUCUGGACACUGGAGUUCGUGGGCAAACUGGACGAGCGCUGCCGGCGCCGGGACACAGAGCAGAGGCGCUCCUACCAGCAGCAGCGCAAGGUCCAUGUGCCGGGCCCGGAGUGCAGGGACCUGGCCAGCUAUGCAAUCAACCCUGAGCGGUUCCGGGAGGAAUUUGAGGGGCCCCCGCUGCCCCCCGAAAGGAGCAGCAAGGACUUCUGCAAGAUCCCUCUGGACGAGCUGGUGGUGCCCUCGCCCGACUUCCCGGUGCCUUCGCCGUACCUGCUGUCAGACAAGGAGGUGCGCGAGAUCGUGCAGCAGAGCCUCUCUGUGGGCAACUUCGCCGCCCGGCUGCUCGUCAGGCUCUUCCCCGAACUCUUCACCGCCGAGAAUCUACGGCUGCAGUACAACCACUCCGGGGCGUGCAACAAGAAGCAGCUGGACCCCACGCGGCUGAGGCUCAUCCGCCACUACGUGGAGGCUGUGUACCCGGUGGAGAAGAUGGAGGAGGUGUGGCAUUACGAAUGUAUCCCCAGCAUCGACGAACGGUGCCGCCGCCCCAACAGGAAGAAAUGCGACAUCCUGAAGAAAGCCAAGAAGGUGGAGAAGUGAUGGGCACGGCGGGCACUGAGCGUUCUGCCGGAGCCCGCGACGUGUCCACAGCCGCGCACCUUAUGUCGGCGGGGAGUGGCCUGCUGCAUUUGCACACGUGACCGCCCCACCGGCCACGGCCGCGAGAAAGAAGCCUCGCAUUUGGCCUCUUGUACUUACGACUUUUGUCCUGUGUUCCUGGUGGUGCAGCCAGAGUCUGGGGAGGGCCAAGCUGUGAUAGCAGAGAGGCCUCAGGAGUCAGGGUUCCCUCUCCUUGGCAGUGUCCUCCCAGUCCCCUCACAAUUUGAAAUGCAAAUCGAGCAACCCUCUUGGUCUUCUUCCCACGUUUCACAUCUUCCACUUUUAUCAAUUUUUUUUAAGUUAAAAAGAAACCCUUUUUAAGAAAAUCAUUGGGCUCUGUGGAGGCCAUUUUACGUAGAAAAAAAAUCUUUUAAAUAUUUGAGAUGAAAUACUGUAAGAUGACUUCAGUUGCUGGGAAUUUUUUUUUUUUUAAAGACGGUUUCAGAUAAAUGAAAUUUUUAGAAGUGCCAUGUUCAUGCAUGAUGGCUAAUAGCUUCAGGUGGCAUAGAGGUGGAUUUUACUGACCUUGUCUUUUAUAUCGGAUUUUGGAAGAGUCAGGAUGCCUCUUGGAUGGCGGUGGAGGGGAUGGAAUAGUGCGAUGUCUUUCUGACCACGGUCAGUCACCUUCUCCCCUCCACCGUGGUGCCGAGGAAGGGGCUUAGGGGGCGGCCCGGCCUGGCCCGGCCUGCAUUGCUGCACCGGUAGACUGUUGUGCUCACUCUGUAGACGAGAACACUGGAUGAUGAUGAUGAU